AUGGUACCUUACGAGGCGUUAUAUGGUCAUAGAUGUUGUACUCCUUCGUGUAGGACUGAGUUGGGCGAGUGGCAUGUUCUGGGCCUUGAGUUAGUUUUUGAUAUCGAGGAUAAAGUUAGACUAAUACAGGAUCGAAUAAAGGCAGCAUUAGACAGACAGAAGUCGUAUAUGGAUCUGAAGCAUAAGAAGAUUGAGUAUUUUGUGGGGGACUUCAUUUUUCUUAAGGUCUCACCAUGGAAGAAGCAUUAUCGCUCUGAUCCUACGCAAGCUAUCUCAGUUGAGGAGAUUGAGGUUAGGCCAGACCUAACUUUUGAAGAGGAACCAAUUCAGAUAUUGGAGCGGGAUGUAAUGGUUUUAAGGAGGAAGUAUAUUCAACUGGUUAAUGUGAUCUCUAGGGGCCUGAAACCAGUCUUCUGUAUCGGUUGCAGUGUGCAAAGGCUUAAUCGUACGAUCAAGGUGCGGUUCAUCUCAACACCUAGAGUCCUAACAGGUGUGUACAAACACAACUUUGACUGUGGUGAUGGGCAAAAGCCGGAAUAA